CUGGUAAUUCAUUUUGAGAGGUUAGAAGCGGCAUUCGUUAUUUUAGUAGAAAUAAGAGUUUUACUCCUUAAAUAAGCAUAAUUCUACUGAAUUCUCGUUAAAAAUGAGUCGCAAAGAAGCCCUAUCGUCAUUUAUUCAACAAAUUCAUGGCCGUCCCGUUGUGGUCAAGCUAAACAGCGGCGUUGAUUAUCGAGGUGUGCUAGCAUGCUUAGACGGCUAUAUGAAUAUAGCUUUGGAACAAACCGAGGAGUAUGUCAACGGUCAGCUUAAGAACAAAUAUGGUGAUGCCUUCAUCCGUGGUAACAAUGUUUUGUACAUCAGCACUCAGAAACGAAGGAUAUAGCAUGCGGUUAAUAAGGGUAUCAAUAAUUAAAUCUUAUGAAGGACUUUUUAAUCGACGUUCCCCAAAAGCACGAUAGAUGGCGUUGUUCUUUCUUCGUUUAACCUUCUAAUUUUAUGGAUAACAGACAUAUGCAUCUUUUAUCUAUGUUUUUGGUUAUAAAUGAUGACCCUUUUUAUCACACCCAGGUACAAUUACAACUUCCACCCAUUAUUAUUCUGAUAAAAAUAAAGAGAAGCAAUAUUAGCAACAUCAUUCUAUACAUAAUGUGAUCCAAAUAGCAAGCAACAAUCAGUUUUAUAUUUGCUUCUGCCAUUAUAUUACAUUUUUGAAUAAUUAUGUACCCCAGCAAUGAGAAAAUAGGUAAUUAUCACGUUAAAAGUGAACAACGCCAUCUAUCGUGUGUUUGGGGAAUGUUGAUUAAAAAGUCCCUCAUUAAGUAACAGUUUUAUAAAGGACCUUAGAUAAGACCUUGAAAAAAGUUUUAAUGUACAGUGAUAUGGUGCCGAUUGAUUAUGACAGUUAUAAAACUCGCUUUAUCUCUCCCUGUCUUGCACUCGUCGUAAGUAAAGGACAGCACUAUUUUUAUUUUUAGUGCUGUCAGAUUAAAAUAAAGUUUUGUCUGCCAGAAUCGGCACUAAUAUUCAUGCAAUUUUCUUUUUUCUGAUUUCUCUAAAUAUUUGUUUAAAUCCACUGAGUAAAUUCAAAACCUAGAAAAUUAAAAUAAAUAAAUGAUAAAACUUGUAAGCUAGGUUAAGGUUUUUUGAUUAUAAAAUAAAUAAGCAUGUAAUCAAUUUUAAGUUUCUUAUAUUCUAAACUUUACCCUUAAUGAAUUACUAUUACAAGCAGUGGGACGUAUAUAGGCUGUUUAUGUUUGUCUUUAUUAAUCACAAUUACUAGGCCUUAAAAUUAAAUAAUCUACAUAC